AUGGAUAUUAUAAAGGGAAACUUAGAUGGGAUUUCAAAACCAGCCUCAAGUUCAAGAACGCGUCCUGGGAGUAGAGGUUCAAAUGCUUCUUUGGAGGUGCUCUCACCAGAACCAGCAUCCUUCAUGGUUGAUACUGCAAUCAAGUUGAACUCUGGUAUAAAGGGCCACUCUGAGAGGAGUAAUGCAGAGGAAAAUGGAAACAAUAAUGAUGAUAAAGGGGAAAAUGAUUCUGAGAAACCAAAAUUGGCUGAAGAAGGGUCAGAUGAAGAUCUGAACUUGGUUCAACAUCAGAUAAUCCCUGGAUGUGCAGAUGAACCUGAAUUAAAAGAAUUAGAUUCUCAACUUCAAGAUGCUAUUCAGAAGAUGAAGAGGCUUGAUAAAAUAUUGGUGAAGAAACAAUACAGAGAAAAAGAAAUUAAGAAGCAAGGUCUAGACCUGAGAAUAAAGCUGUGGGAAGAACUUAAGUCUGCAAAAACUAGUGAAGCUUUGCAAAGUAAUGAGGAGAUGGAAAAUACAAAAAAGUUUCUAGCUUUGACUGCUGCAUCAGAAGAAACUGUCGACCCUUCUUGCUAUGAGCAUGAAGACACCUUUUUCUCAGUGUUUCACACUCAAGUCCCUCCAGAAGAAUAUGAAAACCGUAAACAGAAUGUCAAUCAAGAUUUUACCUAUGAUGUGGAAGGAAAUGAGUCAUUGAUCAGAGCAGAAAAGAAACCUUUCUCAAAUACAGAAAAGAUUAAGCUCAGGGGUAAACACAGCCAGGAUUUUAUUAAACGAAACAUUGAGUUGGCUAAGGAUUCAGGAAUGCCAGUGCUUAUGAUUGACAGAGAGAAGAAAAGGCUGACUGAACUUUUGAAGGACUUAGAUGACAAAGAUUCGGGGCUGUCCAGUCCUGAGGGUGAUCAGUCUGGCUGGCUGGUCCCAGGAGAAGGAUACACAUUUGCAGUCACCCAGCACCAGCAGCUUGCCGAAAUCGACACAAAGCUCCGGGAACUUUCUGCAGCCUCACCAACAACUUCCGACUUUUCUCCAAGACAUGGAAACCACAGCGAUCAGGAACCUGACCUUAAUGAUGAUGAUAAAAAUAUGGAAAUAACUCCAGGAGAAAAGGUACUUCGGAACACCAAAGAGCAACGGGAUCAGCAAAACCGGCUGAGAGAGAUAGAUGACAAACUGAGAAAGAUGAAGGAAAAUGUGUUAGAUUCAACAUCACCUCUCUCUGAGGAACGGUUAAAGUGUCUUCUGGAUGAAUGCACACUCAGACAAAAAUCCAUGAUUAGACUUUCUUCAGAAAGAGAAAAGGAAGACGUAGAGGAUUCAACAGCCCAGUCCCCCCAUCUUUCCAGAUCUGUCCUCUCUGAGCUACUAAAUGGGUCAGAAACAAAAGUCACCAGCACAGAGGUAAAAGAUGCAAAUAUGUCUGAGAAUGCAGAAUGUGAAACAUGUACAGGUUACUAUCUCACCAAAGCCUUGACUGGGCAUUACAUGUCUCAAGCACUUGUCAUCGAAGCAGAGAAUUUGAGAUGCCUCCCAUUUCCCAAGGACAAGGUUAUUAGUGACACAAAGGACUAUUUUAUGUCGAAGACUAUUGGCAUUGGGAGACUGAAAAGGCCCUCUUUCUUGGAUGAUCCACUGUAUGACAUCAAUGUGAGCCUUUCAUCUGAAGACCAUCGUCUGGAAGUCAGCUCUCCAGAGAAACCAAAAAUGGAUGAAGAGGAGACUGAAGAUGUGACAGAAGAUGGGAAAGAAUCUUGA